AUGACAGUCACACAUCUCCUCCCUCUUGACCCUGCUAUUGCAGUCCAGCACCACAUCGGCAAGAUCAAGCGAGCUACUGAUAGCCUCGAGGGUCUGUAUCCCCUCAACUCGAUUGACAAGGUUAACGCCGCAAUCCCUCACUGGAAUGAGCUUUACGGCGUCAUCGGCUUCACUACUGUCGACACUGAAGUAGAGCAACGACUGCUUAAACAUCCAGACGUGAUCAAUUUGUUGCCUAGCACGCGCCGGGCGGUUCUCGAAUGCGAAGCAGCUUUCGAAAUUGCGUUUGCCAACGAGAUUGCCGAAGCUCCAGAGUCUUCGACGGCGCGCCUAUCCCUUUCACGAUUCCCAAUUCACGCAUUUUACGAACAUGCCGCAGAGCUGGAGUGGACGGCUGCAUCUACAGUUCUGGGGCGUACACCACGCUCUGUUGCUAUCCUCGGCGCUGGUGCCCUACCGGAGACCUGUAUUUGGAUUCAAGACUGGGCUCGGACACGUGGCGAGCGUGUCCGUGUUCAUAAUGUUGAGCUGGUGCCGUCAAGGCUCGAGUUGAGCCAGCGGGCGAUGGCAACGCUCGAGCUGGAUUCUGAGGACACUACGUAUGAGGCCGGCGAUGCACGAGAAGUACCCAGGGAUCUAGGUCGCUUUGAUGCAGUGUAUUUCAACGCCACCGUCGGCUCAACUGCCGAAGAGAAGGAGGCAGUCUUGCUCGAGGUGGCAAGCCGCAUGACCAGUGGUUCAAUUAUGGUGUCUAGGGGCUCUGCUUCAUUAAAGUCGCUAUUCUAUCCACCAACGAUAAUGAACUCUCCCAAGUUGAUGAAGAAGUUGAUGCCUGUUUUAACGUGUCACAUGAAUGGAGAGGAGGGCAGAAGCAUCAAUACGUCAAUCAUUGUAUCUAGAGUCAUCUGA